CACAAAGUUACCAUUCAACACGCAAUUUCCGGCUACACAUGACUAGUGCGCAUGUCUGUGUCGUUGACUCUAACCCUGCCAGCCUCAGUGACACUGCAUCAGAUCCGUGCUGUUUCUAUAACCGGAGGGAAGGGGUAGCUGCAAGUGGGAUAGGAAGGGUCUGUUUCCCCCAAUUCAUAUAUUCAGUGUAGAACUUCAAACACGGUAGACAUGACCCAGGAUACAUAGUCGAAGAGUCGGUGUUUUCUAUGGCGGUGGUGUCAUACACAAAUGCCUUUGUGUUCAGUUUCCAGUGUGCUGUAAAAUAGUGCCAGGUUGUCAGUUUCGCCAGGUACUGGUCGCAUUGACAGAGCUGGCAGUAUUAGUGUACAGACUGCCACAGUACACAGCGUUAGCUGUUUUCACGUUGGCCGAGGCUGUGGCUGCUGCUGCAGGCCCUACAAUCAGAUAUGGGAAUCCUCUUCACCAAACUAUGGAGGCUGUUUAACCAUCAAGAGCACAAAGUCAUUAUCGUGGGUUUGGAUAAUGCUGGAAAGACAACAAUUCUCUAUCAGUUUUCAAUGAAUGAAGUGGUACACACGUCCCCGACCAUAGGCAGUAAUGUCGAAGAGAUUGUAGUCAAUAAUACACAUUUCUUAAUGUGGGACAUUGGAGGCCAGGAGUCUCUGCGAUCCUCUUGGAAUACCUACUAUGCAAACACAGAGUUUGUAAUUGUUGUCGUGGAUAGCACAGACAGAGAGAGGAUUUCCGUAACAAGAGAUGAACUCUACAGAAUGUUAGCACAUGAGGAUCUUAAAAAAGCAGGGUUGCUGAUAUUUGCAAACAAACAGGAUGUCAAAGGCUGCAUGUCAGUAGCUGAAAUCUCCCAGUUCCUGAAGCUGACCUCUGUUAAGGAUCACCAGUGGCACAUUCAGGCUUGUUGUGCCCUUACUGGAGAAGGGCUUUGUCAAGGACUGGAAUGGAUGAUGUCUAGACUUCGAGUCAGAUGACCUCAACUGACCCCGUAGAUGGACAGUUUCCUCUUGUUGAAUGAACCUCUGUUGCUUGCCUUUCUGUGAAGGCUUCAGUGAACCCCAGUGGGUCUGACGGCUAUUUAUUAUACAGACUAAAUGAACGUGCCCCUCUUCAGAACCGUGAACGAAAAACGUUUUAACAGAAAAGGACACGUUCUUUUCAACUUGUUUUAUUUCUGUCCUUCCAAAGAUGGAAAUGAACACUAGGACUGUGUAAACUGUGUAUCCCAGUUUAAUUCAGCUCAGGGUAGACCUAGCAUUUGGUAAGUAUUGGAAAAGAAUAAUAAUUAUUGCUCUGUCUUUACAGUAUUUAGCAUUACUCUGUGCCUGCCUCAUAACCCUUCAAAGAUAACAAAAGAAGCUGGUCUUGUAAAAUAUCAUUAAAUAAAGCCCUUUUACCUAUCAAAGAUGUGCAGACAGUUCUGCGAGACCAAGGGAGGGAAGAUAACGUAACUCAGCAAUGGUCAGUAUAUGUAGCGUCCAGCCACAAGGUUUUGUAUGUAUUUUUAAGAAGUGUGCUGUACUGUACUCUGUAUUCUUUCAGAGGGGUGGGUGAAUAAGUAUUGUGACCUGGCCUCUCAAUCUCAAAUGUUAACUCUUAUCUGCUGCGCUAUUGCAGUAACCACAGUUUUGUGUGUAUAUAUAUAUUGCUGUUGUGAAUGACCAGCAUUGUAAUUAAAGAGGUAUCUUCCUCUUUUUUGGGGGUAUGUUCCGGGAUCGAAGUCUAGCUUGGAAGGUAUUUCUGCUUUUCAAAGCUUGAUGAACCUUGUUCCUUUCCGCCUUUUUAUUUUAUUUGCGUACCUGGUUGUAUCGUGUUCUGUCACAAGAAGCCUGGAAUGCCAUGACAGCGAGCAGACUGCGGGUGGGCAGUGGGCAGACUUAUCCCCAACAAUGUGUACUGUACAUUGUUACAUGGUUUACAUGUGGAGCUUUUACAUCUGUUGUGAUUAAACUUUAAAACCAGAUCCUUUACAAGCGUUCCAGUAAUUUGGUCUGUAGUUCUAUGUUGUCAGCGUUCAUUUGGCUGUAAAUUUUAAAAUGUUAAUAUGAAGAAACGGUCAAAGUUGGUUAUCAUAUCUUUAAAUGCAACUGUUUGCUUUUUUUGUGGCUGUUGACUGUUGCUUAAAAUCAACUGCAAAGGGAGGGUUACAAAAAAACCUUUCUGAAAACCAAGGACAAUCUUUAAUUGAACUCUUUAAAGCAGUAUUCAAUAAGAUCUCGACUAAUAGAACAAUGUGACGCGGGUAUAAUGGCGGCACACAUAUAUCCAGACCUGUGUCACAGCCGUUUAAUUUUAGUCAUAUUUUGAUUAAACUUUUUAUGGACUGUACAAAUUCAGAAUCUAUUAUGUUACUUUGAGCUAACUUUGCAUGUGGUCUGGCCUGUGGUACAGUAGGUUGGGCAGAUGAAGGCUAUAUCUUCAGAAAUGCUCAUUUGUUACAGGAGGUUAUUCCACAUUCUGUGAAUGUAGAUCUUUGUGAGCUACACUUUUUCACAUUACUGGUGCCUAAUUGGCUAAGCUAUGGAAUGAUUUUAUAUAUAUAAAAUAAAUGUGUGAUUUGCAUGUAUAAUUUGGAUUACCUUGUGCAUGAUUUGUUUGUUGUGAGAUUCAGUUCCACAUACAGUGGAUGUGUAUUUUAUGUGAUUUCCCUGUGUUGCAAAAAUCAUUAAUUAAAUCAGAGUUUAAUUUGUGUAGACAUGCAUUAAAACAAAUGAAAAGUU